AUGCUUCGAGCAUAUACCAGCGUUGCUCGAAUUGUGUCAUUAUGCCUCGGCGUGUUUCUCGUCGUUAAUGUGCAAGCCUAUGAGGCAUUAUCGGAUGAGACGCUCAAAAACCUCCCUCGUCCAAAUAAUGAUUUCGAUAUCAAAAACGGCGCGUUGCUCUCCCCGAUUCUCCAGACUCGUGUCCCUGGCACCCCAGGUUCAACCGCGGUGCUCAAUCACUUCGCCGACUUCUUCCGCGAGACGUUACCGGCAUGGAAAGUAGAGGUCCAGAAUUCGACCGCCAAAACACCAACAUCGAAAGGAAAAGAGAUCUCGUUCAAGAAUUUCAUCGCGACACGCGACCCUCCCUGGGCCCAGGUUGGCGACGUUGGGCGACUGACACUGGUUGCCCAUUAUGAUAGCAAGAUAGAGCCCAAAGGGUUCAUCGGAGGUAUUGACAGCGCUGCGCCAUGCGCCAUGAUCAUGCAUGCGAUGCGAAGUAUCGAUGCUGCGCUGGAAAAGAAGUGGACCGCUCUUCAGCAGCAGGGACUAUCUGAGUACAUCUCAGAAGAACAGGGUAUUCAAGUUAUCUUUCUCGAUGGUGAGGAGGCGUUCGACCAGUGGACAGCUACAGACUCUCUGUAUGGUGCGCGUGCCUUGGCGACACACUGGAGCGAUCAGUACUAUCCCGCGAUGUCGGAGUUCAGAACUCCACUCUCGUCAAUCGCUCUUUUCGUCCUUUUGGACUUGCUGGGCGCGAAGGAUCCUUCGAUCAUGUCUUACUAUGAGACUACCCAUUGGGCAUAUCAGAGCCUAGGUGAACUGGAAAAGCGUUUUAAGGCGCUCAAACAAUCCAAAGCUGCCUCGACUGAUUCGUGGUUCAUUGACGCUGACAAAGAUGCGCACAAUCUUACUCCUUCUGGUGGAAUUCAGGAUGACCAUCUUCCGUUCCUUGCCAAGGGUGUUGAAAUCCUACAUCUUAUCGAUUUUGCGCCUUUUAAGGGAUUCCCUAAAGUCUGGCAUACGAUCGACGAUGACGGUGAACAUUUGGACUUGGACACCGUCGAAGAUUGGAGUAUGAUUAUCACCGCCUUUGCUGCCGAGUGGAUGGAACUGGAGGGCUAUUUCGACCAUCCGGCUACUAGUGCGACACGCAGUGACGAGGAGUCUAUUGCAUCGGAGGCUAUUCGCCUGAACAAGAAGACUGAGUUGUAA